AUGAAGGGUGUGCGCACCGUUUGGCUUGUUGUUUGCGUCACACUUCUUCUUCAAGUGUUGUCUUCGCGCGCGGAGCCGUCAGUGGUGCCUGCUCGAUCCCAGCGACAGUCCGUUCAGCAUCCUUCUUCCAGGGCGUCACCCACCAAGUUCUUGGUGUUCCCGUUCGCCGCCUGUGACGCGGAUGCGAAGCGGCUAUGCCCCACGCAAAAGGAGUCGCCACUGAAAUGUCUUCUGCAGCACUUUGAGUCCCAACGGUUCUCCGAAGCACCGUGGCGACGACGGCCUGCAUUCAGCGAGGCCUGCCGCAGGUGGCUAUGGGCACGGCAGGAGUGUGUGUCGUACGUGCGGCUGCCGGGAAGGUGCCGCGCUUCGGAAAGUGCAAGGGACUGUCUUCGACGCGUGCCACCGCGCGACCUCCCGCCGGGCUGCCGCGACACAGAGUACUACCGAAGCGUUUUGCUGUAUGGAGAGAUGAAGAGCAAGCAGGGAAUGCGGCCCCGCAACAAGAGCAACGACAACGAGACACAGAAGUUAGCGGAGUAA